AAAAAAAAUAAAAAUCCCUCGUCCCCAAGCCCCAACUCCUUGUUUGUCCCCUACACACCCCCACCCUACCUCUCUCCGGGAAAAUCCCCGGUGUUUCCGCCGCAUAUCUUCUCCACAAGAUCAAAUAAAACUUGUCAUGAUUUUUGCUUGACAAUACACAAAAAGAUUAACUUUUGAUCAGCAUAAUUUCAAAUUGGAGAAGGUUGUAGCAAACAUCAAAAGGGUAAAAAUAAUUUGUAGAAUUCUUGUUUAACUGUCAAAUGGAUUAGCAAGAUGGCGAUUGUUCCUUUUUCUUCAGUAACAGCCAUCUUAAGAUACCGCUAUUUCUCUACUCUUGUUCAGAUUUUCUCCGAACCCACCACCAAGACCAAAAAUGGCAAAAAUCCCAAGCCGAAAUCAUCUUCUUCUAAAUCCAAGAAAGCUAGAAAAAUUGCCAGUAUCAUCAACACAAACCCAUGGUCAUCUCAUCUUGAAUCUUCUCUUUCCUCUCUCACUCAACCCUCCCUCUCUCACACCACUGUCCUUCACACACUCCGCUUCAUCAAAAUACCUUCCAAAGCUCUGUACUUCUUCAACUGGACUCAAAAAAUGGGUUUUCAACACACCCAUCAGUCCUAUUUGCUCAUGUUGCAACUCCUCGGCACUUCCCGCAGCUUAAAUUCAGCAAGGAACUUUCUUUUAUCUAUACCCAGAAGGUCUAAUGGUGCUGUACCGCUUCAAGAUAGGUACUUUAACACUUUGAUUCAAAGUUAUGGUAAAGCUGGGCUUUUUCAAGAAUCAUUGAAGGUGUUUAAAGUGAUGAAGUCACUUGGAAUUUCACCCUCUGUUGUUACGUUCAAUAGUUUGUUUUCAAUUUUGCUCAAGAGGGGUCGAACUGGUAUGGUUUACGAACUGUUUGAUGAAAUGCUUAAGACAUUUGGUGCCAAGCCUGAUGUGUAUACUUUUAACAUUUUGAUUAGAGGAUUUUGUAUAAACUCCAUGGUUGAUAAAGGAUUUAGGUUUUUUAAGGAGAUGGAAAGGCAUGAAUGUGAACCAGAUGUGAUUACAUACAAUACCAUCGUUGAUGGUUUGUGUAGGGCAGGGAAAGUGGAGAUUGCACAUAACGUGUUAAAGGGUAUGGUCAAGAGGGGUCAUCAAUUGAGUCCUAAUGUUGUAAGCUACACCACUUUGGUUAGAGGGUAUUGUGAGAAGCAAGAGGUUGAACGGGCUCUUGAUGCUUUUGAGGAAAUGAUAGAUCGUGGUCUUAAACCGACCAGUAUAACUUAUAAUACUCUUGUACAAGGUCUUUGUGAGGCUAAAAGAUUUGACAGAAUAAAGGAGAUCUUGGAGGGGACUCUAGGAAGUGGAGGACUUAUUCCAGAUACAUGUACUUUCAAUACAUUGAUUACCUAUCACUGUAAUGUGGGAAAUCUGGAUGAAGCAGUGAAAGUUUUUGAGAAUAUGUUAUACUUAAAGGUGAAACCUGAUUCAGCAACAUAUAGCAUCCUAAUACGGAGCUUUUGUCAAAAGGGAUACUUUGAUAGGGCAGAGAAAUUAUUUGAUGACCUAAUGAAGAAGGAGGUAUUGCUCCGGGGUGAUGGCUGUACACCUCUCAUUGCAGCAUACAAUCCCAUGUUUGAGUAUUUCUGCAAGAUUGGCAAGACAAAGAAGGCUGAGAAAGUAUUCAGGCAACUAAUGGGGAGAGGAACUCAGGACCCUUUUGCUUAUGAACUCCUGAUCAUGGGGCAUUGUAAAGAAGGCACAUUUAAUGAUGCACACAAACUCUUAGUUUUGAUGUUGAGGAGAGAUUAUGUACCUAAUAUUGUGAUUUAUGAGUCCCUAAUUGAAGGUUUGCUGCAAAAGAAUGACCCUAAAGUUGCUUACGAUACUCUAGAGAAGAUGUUGAAAAGCUCCCAUCUUCCAAGAUCUUCGACUUAUCAUCAAAUCCUUACAGAACUUAUCAAGAAAAAUUGUGCAAGUGAGUGUGCUUCCUUGGUGACACUAAUGUUAGAUAACAAAGUUAGACAAAACAUCAAUCUUUCAACUGAUACUGUGAAGAUACUCUUCCAAACAGGAUUAAGGGAGAGAGCUUUUGAGAUUGUAAGGUGCCUUUAUGAAAAUGAAUACGUGGUGGAUAUGGAAGGUUUAGUUGCUUUCCUUUGCCAGUGUAGAAAGUUAUUGGAGGCAUGCAAAUUAUUGUUAUUUAGCUUAAGUAAGGGUCAUAUUCUGAAUGUAGAUACAUGCAGUACUCUUUUAUCUGCUCUCUGCAAAGCACGUAGAGCUUCAGAAGCAUUUGAGAUUUACUAUGAGUUGCUUGAGAAAGGAGUCCAACAACCUUUAGAAUGCAUAGAAGAGUUGGGGCUUGCUCUUAAAACUGAAGGAAGAAUUAAGGAAGCUGAAUUUGUUAAAAAGAGAAUCCCAGGCUAAUCGUAGUCAGAUAGAUUGGUUCAAGCUUGUGCGUCUGAACAGAGAUAUCUAUAGUCUGUAGCAUGCAGGAGUUCUACUGAUGUCAACCACAUUUGUUCUGAGGUUUGCAUAUGGUGGUUGACUUACAUGACGAUGCUAUCUGGGGCUGGAUGCCUCUGAAAUGUGAUUAUGAGUGAUAUCAGGUUCAUGAUUCCUGUUUCUCUUGACAAUGGAGAAGUCUGAUUUGGACAGACUUGAAAAACAUUGAAGAGCAAAAACAACUUAAUAGUCCCUGAGCUCUCUGGUUCACCAUCUGGAGCAAAUCUGUUGCUUAGUAAUGUUACCUUGCAGGUACAGUUAUUUAAGAGAAAUAUAGUGCAAGUACAUGCGCGCAGGGGACAGGUUCUACGCGUAAUUACAAGAGCGUUGGACAUGUUAAACAGUCAAAAACUCCAUAUUUUCUUUCUCCAAUUUUAAGUCGUCAUCUGAUCUUCUUCCUACCAAGCAUUAUCAGUGAUUACAAUUUUUUUAAAGCUCUUGCUAUAAACACACGGCUUCAACCAAGGGCCUGAUAGACUUGUACCUUGAAGUUUAUACAUUAUGUAUUAAUUUUUGGCUUUUGUAAAAGAAACCUUCCAAAACCAUUUUUAUUUGAGUAACAUUCUUCAUAAUAUUCUUCUGAGUCUCA